UUCUAUUUAAGGCGACAACAGUUUCUCCAUUAUUGUACCAAAAACCCAUCUCUAGCUAACUUCAGACCUCAAAAUUUUCGAAAAAAUUCAACCUCAAAAUCCUCGAAAAUGAUCUGUCUACACACAGACUACCAAUUCUUAUCCAGUUUGACUCUGAUCCUCUACACAUUCGUCAUUUUUCCAUUUCUGGAGAUUAUCCAAACAGCAGCCACAGUUCUGUGGUUCCUGAUCGAUCCCCACCGUCGGAUCGAGAGCAGCGAGGAGAAUCAAGGGUGGGAGAUCGAUCUCCAAGUUUCGAAGGUUCUAGACGAAGAUGAAGACGAUAAUGUGUGCUCAAUCUGUUUGAUGAAAUUCCUGAAAGAGGAAAUGAUAAACGAGCUUCCCAGAUGCGGACACGUGUUCCACAUCGGUUGCCUCGAAAAAUGGAUAGACACGUGUCACUUCACAUGCCCUCUUUGCAGGGCAUCUCUGCUGCACCAAACUGCCACGUCAUCAUCGUCGGCGGCAUCAUCCUCGCCGUUGAAAAGAAUCAAUCUGCCCUUCUGUGUUAAUCUCUGAUCAACAAUGUCUACUGUGUAUAUAUUAUGCGUGUAUAUUUUGGGGUUAUUCUGACUUUUUGGAUUUUUUUUUUUUUGUAUAGCCAUUGACUAAAACCAAUUUCUCAGGUCAUAUCUGAUUAGUUAUUCCUUUUGUGAAACGUCAUAGUUUCUUGUUA